AACGAAGCAACUUCAGGAGAAAAACUAUGGAUUAUCUAGGAAUUGAUUUGAGCUGCGCAAUCGGAACUCUCCGUAACGGUGAGUUUCCGGCGAAAGAAUGUCUUCUUCCUCUCAUUUCGAAGCUACUCGGUUACUUCCUAGUCGCUGCUUCAAUGACCGUCAAGCUUCCUCAGAUAAUGAAAAUCGUGGACAACAAGAGUGUAAAAGGCUUAAGUGUUGUAGCAUUUGAGCUUGAAGUAAUUGGUUACACAAUCUCACUUGGUUAUUGUCUUAACAAAAAGCUUCCUUUUUCAGCUUUUGGUGAAUUAGCUUUUCUUUUGAUCCAAGCUUUAAUCUUGGUGGCUUGUAUCUAUUAUUUCUCACAACCUCUCUCUGUAACAACUUGGGUCAAAGCAAUUCUUUACUUUGCUUUAGCACCAACUGUGUAUGCUGGUAAGAUUGAUCCUUUGCUUUUUGAAGCUCUUUAUGCUUCUAAGCAUUUGAUAUUUCUCUCUGCAAGAAUCCCUCAGAUUUGGAAGAAUUUCAGAAACAAAAGCACUGGACAACUUAGUUUCUUGACUUGUCUCAUGAACUUUGGUGGAGCUAUGGCCAGAGUUUUCACAAGCAUUCAAGAGAAGGCUCCACUUAGCAUGCUUAUGGGUAUUGUUCUUGCAAUCUUCACCAAUGGAAUCAUUAUGAGUCAGAUGCUUUUGUAUAGAAGCAAAGGAAAAGAAGAUAAGCAAGUGAAAGGUAUUAAGAUUUCAUGAUAUAUUGUAAAAGAGAUUUAAACGAUGUUGCAUUCAUUGAAUAAAGUAAGCUUGUUUCA